CAUUUGCCUCCAUUUGCGAAAGCACCCAUCAUGACGCGGAGAGCUCCCGUACUAGCAUCAACCUCAGAAACUACACAAGAAAGGCGGAAAACUCGAGCUGCACAAGCGACACAAAAGACUGUCCGUCCACUCAAAUCUCCUCCUCCAGAUAUGAAACCCUCCUCGUCGCGUAAGAAGACAGACCAUCCCCGCCAGAAGCCUCCAAUGCCUUCGUGGACCCGGUUUCCGCCAUUCCUUCCUUUUGACGUGAAGCCCCCGAAGCGGGGUACCAUUGUUGAAGGCAAAGGUGCCACCCCGGUCUACGUCCUUGGAUGGCGAUUUAGCACAAUGGAUGUUGUCUCCGGUCCUGCGGGUGGCGACUGCUCUGGCCUCCACGACGAUUUUGUGCUGAGAUGGGCUGACAAUCUCCGGGCCAAUUUCACGCGGCACUACAUUCACUGGCCUGCCGUUCUGCAGUCUAUCGGAGUGGACGACGACGAUGACUUCUACUAUGUCGCUGGUACAAAUUACGACGACCCGGAGACGAUUACGAGCAGGGAUUUCCGGCAUGCGAAGGCAGCGCUUCCCCCCCGUCAACCGUGGUCUACAGUCAACGUCGAUGACGUGUUUGGGUGGUACCGUACCUCGAAGAUGUAG